AUGGACGUCGAGACAGCAAAGCAGCAGGCGCCCGCCGUCGCCUCGCCACUCGAGGAUAAGCCGACUCACGAUGCGCCGGAAGCCGGCCGUAGUACCCUCAAGAUGUUGUUCCGCAAGGCUCUUGUCUCCGGUCGUGUAGAGGAGCGUGGUGUCGAGCCCAUCGCCCUUGAGGAGCGCAACUCGACGCGCUACUUCAACUGCUUCACCAUCUGGUUUUCCAUCAACUUCAACAUCCUGCCGAUCACUUUCGGUCUCAUUGGCCCCAAGUACAAUGGUCUCAGCUUUCGUGACUCUGUCCUCAUCAUUGUCUUCGUUAUCCUCUUUGUCACUUUGGCCCCCGCCUACAUGGCAACUCUGGGUCCCAAAACUGGCAUGCGACAGAUGAUCCAAGCUCGAUUCAGCUUCGGCCCUUACCUUGUCGCCAUCCCCGUCCUCCUGAACCUGGCCACGCUCACCGGCUUCUGCAUCAUCAUGUUUGUCGUGGGCGGCCAGUGCAUCUCGGCCGUCACUGACGGCGCGCUAACACCGACCCUCGGCAUCGUGCUGAUAUCCCUUCUCGCUCUGACCAUCUCCUUCUGCGGCUACAAAAUCCUGCACUUUUAUGAGACCUACGCCUUCAUCCCGGCACUGGUCGCCAUUGUCAUCGCCACUGGUACCGGCGGCUCUAAGCUGCAUGAGCGUGUCGAGGUCCCGACGGCCACGGCCCCACAGGUCCUAAACUAUUGCAUGAUCAUCGCUUCAUACAUGAUCCCCUGGGCCUGCAUCGCCUCGGAUCUGACGACCUACUUCAGCCCCUCAGCGCUGCCAUUCCCAAUGUGCGGGGCGUGGAGCGCCGCCUAUGACGAGACUCUUGUCGGCGGUGUCUUGGCCGCCAUGCUUGAGCCCGCUGGCGGUUUUGGCAAGUUCGUCGUCGUCAUCCUAGCCUUCACUUUGCUCGGCAACGUUGCUGGCACAAUGUACGCCGUCACCCUGAACUUCCAGACAGUCGCACCAGUUUUCUCGCGUGUUCCGCGAUACAUCUACGCCAUUGUUGUUACGGCCAUCAUGAUCCCCGUCGCCAUCAAGGCCGCUGACGACUUCUUCCUGAGCCUCGAAAACUUUGUGGCUGUUAUCGCCUACUGGUCUGCCGCCUUCAUCGGCAUCGUCUUGGUCGAACACUUUGUCUUCCGCAAGGCCAAUCACAAGGCAUACAACCACGACGAGUGGAACGAUGCAUCGAGGCUGCCGAGCGGACUCGCUGCCAUUGGCGCAGGGCUUCUGAGCUUUGGCCUCAUCAUCCCCUGCAUGGACCAGGCAUGGUACACUGGGCCGAUUGCAAAGACGACGGGCGACUUGGGCUUCGAGGUGGCCUUUGUGCUAAGCUCCUUGCUUUAUCUACCGCUGCGAUAUGCUGAGAAGCGUGUGCUGCAGAGGUAG